GAACAAUUUAUCGACGGAUCAAAGUUCUUUAUAGCCGCUUGAAAACCGCGAUAAAACCAUUUCUUCCAGGCGUUGAUCUUCUAUUCAUAAUUCAAAGUUUCUGUGGGAUGCAAGCAUAAUUAUUCAAUGCGGAACACUUGAUUUGGAGCACCUCUACGGAAGCAGAAUGAUUAUGCACAAUGACAUUAAUAAUCUUCACGUUUGUUGAUAAUUCACACAUGUUGCACAUGCGCAUUAAACUUGACAACAAAUGCGGUCAAUUCGUGAUUGAGAAAAGGUGUACUUCAGUUCCAGUGCUGUGCUGAUCUCUGCAAGCGUCUACAAGCGUGUGAAUUCAAGAAUUUUUUACGAAAGCACCGUACGAAACUGAAAUAUGGGGCGUUUUUGAGGAGUGUCGCGCAAGUUACGUUCAUUUUCGCACGUUCCUGCGGCUAUGGAUGCGGUACAGCUGAAUGAACUACUGGAGUGUUCUGUGUGUCUAGAACAGCUGGAUCAAAGCUGCAAAGUAUUGCCAUGUCAACACACGGUACAUAGACGAUGUCUGAAAGACAUUGCGGAGACAAGGAAAGAGUUGAGAUGCCCAGAGUGCAGGAUUGUCGUCGCAGAAGAUAUUGACGAGUUGCCGGCAAAUAUUUUUGUGAUUCGACUCUUGGAAGAGUUUAACAAGACGCGACGGAAAUCGUGCGACAGUUUGGAUUUAAACGAAAAGCUCUCUGAUCAGGUUACUCCAUGUGCGAGAGCUUUGUAUGAUUAUGAACCUCAAGAAGCUGGUGAUCUAACUUUGCAUAAAGGAGAGAUAAUAACGCUGCUGAAACAAGUUGAUGAAAACUGGUAUGAAGGUUUUACAAAUGGCUGUCAGGGAUUCCUUCCAGCAAAUUAUGUUGAGGUCAUCAAUCCAUUACCAAGCCUUGAUGAUUCUUGUGACAAACCCAUUGCUAAAGCAUUAUUUGACUUUGAAGAUGAACAGGAACAAGAUUUACUCUCAUUUAAACAGGGUGAUAUUAUCAAUGUUAUACGCCAAGUAGAUGAAAAUUGGUGUGAAGGAAAACUUAGGGGAAAGCUUGGGAUUUUCCCAGUAACAUUUGUAGAGCUUAACGUGGCGGCACGGAAUCUGAUAGAGGCUGCUGAAAACGGGUCGGAUCAAGCGUCAUCAGGAGGAAGGACGUCUCAAGUGGAGCCUAAGAGGCAUACCAUGCAUUUUGUUGGACAGCGGAGUGAGGAAGGUCAAUCAGUUGGUCUCCAGAGGCGCUCACUUGACAUCUCAUCUUCAGAAAGGCUGACAGAAGAAAUGAACAGUUCAUCGUCAACAGGAUCAAUCAAUUCACCGCCUAACAGACAUAACACACCAAGGUCAUCUGGAAGCAGCCCUGACACAUCACAGUCACCCCACUCAAGGCGGGGAACAUCACCUUCCUCUUUCAGUCCAGGUCGUGUAGGCACAGGAAGGCAAAGUUCGCCCAUGGAAUCAGGGGGGUCACGACCUGUGUCAGCUGAACUCGGGAGGGAAUUAUACGUGGCUCUAUACACGUACAAACCUACAAAAGACGACGAGCUUGAACUAGUGAAGAACGAAAAUUACUGCGUGACCGACAAGUGCAAAGAUGGUUGGUUCAAAGGAUAUUCAGUAUCCACUCAGAAGCGAGGAGUAUUUCCUGGAAAUUAUGUUCGACUAGCAAGUAUUCACAAUUUACUAACAAGAUCAAGAAGCAAUAGUACAGAUGCGGAUGAUGAUAACUGUACAAAUUCUGUUCUUCCUACCAACUCCCAAACCAAAGUUCCACCUCAUCAAAGGUCGCCUCCCCCAAGACACACAGCAUCUGAGGGGGGAUCCCAGACGAGAUUUCAUAGGUCAGAGUCUGCCCCACCCCUACCCCAAUGGUCACAGCCAGUUAUGCCGGUCGAGAGCCUUGUUGUUAACUUAAAUCAAGGACGGAGCCUUGCAAGCAACAGAAAUCCUAAUUAUGGAACAUCUGAGAGGAGUCGAUUUGUACCCACGGCACCACUCCCUCCGCCGCCCGCACCUAAAUCGAGUAGUUUUUGGAAAAAGCUGACAGGCAAGAAGAAGGACAGGACAACACUGAACCGACCCCCACCCCCUCCUCCCCCAUAUCAAAGGAAUGUUCCUACCGGUCACAGUGCAUUAUCUCCGCCACCUUAUGACUUUGGAGGUCUUACAACGUCUCCAUCUUGCACACAGGCUCAGCGUUCAAGAGAGAGAGUUGAAAACCCGCCUGUUCGUGAAAGAUACCGUGUUAUUGUGGCUUAUCCACCUCAACACGAAGCUGAGCUCGAGUUACGGGUUGGGGACAUUGUUUACGUGACCAAAAAACGUCAAGAUGGCUGGUAUAAAGGAACUCUUGAACGAAAUGGCAAAACUGGCUUGUUUCCUGGUAGUUUUGUCGACAGCUUUUGACGUGAAACUGCGUGGAGUUUUGUAGAAUUAUCAAGAAAUUAUUUAUCAGUAUCUUUGCUUGAAGUCAAACAAGAGAAGUGAUCAGACACCGUUUUUACGUUGUGUUGGGAACAAUUCAUGGCAAGUACUGUGCAGUCAAAAUGAUGCGAAAUAAAUUCAGAGAUUUCUGGGUAACGGCGGUUUUUUACCUGGUGCUCACGGUUGAGUUUUUUUAAAUGGAAAGAUGUUAGGGUUUUGUACCAAGUAUACAUGAAACGUUGAAUUCCCAACUUUUUAUGAAAUGUUUUGUUGUCCCCCGUAUGAACUAGAAUAAAAAAUCUGUUGUCGCCAAUAAGUCCAUUGAUGCUUUUGUACACUGUUUAUAGAAAUGCAGUUCGUUCGCUGUAAAACAAAGCUAAACACAAGGUGUAUUGUCAUGUACAUAAGAUGCUGGUAUGCUGCUCAAAUUGACAGAUAAUUUCUAAACUCAAGUAAAGCAAAGGUAUAAAUCAUAAGAAUUUUAAGAUAUACAGGUGUAUAUUACACUUCGCAAUGUGUGGGUGUUAUGUUUUAACACGAAAAAUUGACUUGAAUUUGAAUUAAAACAAAAUUAUUUGUUA